AUGUCGGACGGUGGUGCAACACAGACCCAAACCCAGACGCAGAACCAAGUGGGCUCGUCGGCUGGAGGAGGUUCUCAGCCAAGCCGUCGAGGUAGGUCAGGAAGAGGGAGAGGAGACGGAGGCAACGGCCGUGGUGGCCGGCGAGGUGGCGGCAGGAAUGCUAAUCCUCAACCUCGGAACCAAGCUCAGUCAGCACCGGCUCCUGAAAUUUCAACAGAUAAUGCACCCGAAUCAGAGCCAUCAGGAUCGGGGAGGAGAGGCCGCGGCCGUGGUGGUAAUCGGGGCGGCCGGCGAGGUGGAGCGGUCCGAGGUGGUAUGGUGUCGGGAACUCAGCGAACAUUUGGAGGCAGUCUGACGACCGCCGCGGAUUCAACCGCGUCGGAUGCACAAGGACUGAGUGCAGACGCCCCGGACUUCAUUCCUGGGCAGCCUGUUGUCCACAGAGGGCUGACUGAUAUCGUCAGCAAACAAGCUGCCCCGAAGCAAAGGAAGCCGCAGUAUCCUUUGGCACCAAAAUCUGUAGCUGCAGACUUGCCCACGCGCAUCCAUGAGGAUAUCAGCAACGGCCAGUAUGAGUGUGUCAUCUGCUCCAGUGAAGUGCUGCGGCCAUCUCGAGUAUGGUCCUGCGGGCUAUGCUGGACGGUGCUCCAUUUUUCUUGCGUCAAGAAAUGGUUCACGAGCCAGCUCAAGAAGGAUGACGACACUCGCUCCUGGCGCUGCCCCGGCUGCAAUUCUAGUUUAACCGAGGAGCCGAGUGCUUACCACUGCUGGUGCGGGAAGGACAUCAACCCUCGAAAUGUUCCUGGUCUUCCUCCUCACUCUUGUGGACAGACCUGCUCAAAGCCCAGAGCAACAUGCCCGCAUCCAUGCCCUCUCGAAUGCCACGCCGGCCCAUGCCCGCCAUGCACCCUCAUGGGGCCCACACAGUCAUGCUUCUGUGGCAAGCACGAAGUGACGAAGCGGUGCACCGAGACGGACUAUGGAAACGGAUGGAGUUGCAAGGAGAUCUGCGGAGACUUGCUGCCUUGCGGCGAGCACUUCUGCGCUACCCCUUGCCACUCUGGCUUAUGCGGAAGCUGCGAGAUUCCCGUGCAGGCAAGAUGCUAUUGCGGAAAAGAGCACAAAGAAAUCCCCUGCGAUCGCCGCGACGACAUUCAGAUGUCAUUCAACUUUGGCCAGGUCUCCAGCUCGGAUUCUGAGGAUGUUUCUGAGGACAGCUGGUUUGAUGGCUCAUUCGACUGCGGAGCGACUUGUGGGAGGAAAUACGAUUGUGGUAUUCAUGAUUGUGAGAAGACCUGUCAUUCGCAGGACGAGGUGCCGGCUCAUUGCCCGUCGGCUCCAGAUGUUGUCCUUGAUUGCCCCUGUGGUAAGACACCGUUGGAAGAGCUCCUCGACCAGCCGAGACAGUCUUGUAAAGACAAGAUCCCCCACUGCAAGAAGACCUGCGACAAGACCCUUCUUUGCGGUCACCAAUGCAUGGAUACGUGUCAUAGCGGUCCUUGUAAUCCAUGCUUCCAGAAGCAGGAUAUUUCUUGUCGAUGCACCCGUACUGUGAGCAGGUCUCUCUGCCACCAGGGAGAGAUCGCGACUCCGAUGUGUUUCAAGGUCUGCCAGGCCCAGCUCAACUGCAGUCGUCACAAGUGUGGAGAGCGCUGCUGCACAGGAGAGAAGAAGGCAAUCGAGAGACAGGCCGCCAGGAGGAAGCACAGACAGCAGCAGGCUCCGGACGAGGUGGAGGCAGAACACAUUUGCCUCCGCGUAUGCGGAAGGACACUGAAGUGUGGAACUCACCAGUGUUCGCAAAUCUGCCACGCUGGGCCAUGCCCAAGCUGCCUCGAAGCCGUCUUCGAGGAGAUCAGCUGUGCCUGCGGCAGGACUGUCCUGCAACCUCCACAGCCGUGUGGAACCAGGCCCCCUGAAUGCCGCUUCGACUGCAGAAGAGCACCUCCUUGUGGCCACCCCACGGUGAAGCAUAACUGCCAUCCCGACGAUGUCGAUUGUCCCAAGUGUCCCUUCUUGGUAGAGAAAGCAUGCAUCUGCGGCAAGCAGAGGAUGAAGAACCGGCCUUGCUGGCUGGAGGGGGCUCGAUGCGGUCUGCCUUGUGGUAAAAAGCUCAAGUGCGGUACCCACACAUGUAGAAAAGAGUGCCACGGUCCUGGCGAAUGCGAAGAUGCUGAUAUACCCGGCUCUCACUGCGCCCAGUCCUGUGGCAAGACGCGGAAAUCUUGCGAUCACUCGUGCCAGGAUUCAUGCCACGCUCCCUACCCGUGCAAGGAAGACCGGCCGUGCCAGAGCAAGACCUUCAUCACUUGCGACUGUCAGCACCGCAAGAAGGAGGUUAAGUGCAUGGCCACCAAGACCAACCCGACUCCGGAUCGCGACGUCCUGAAGUGCGAUGACGAGUGCCUCCGUCUCCAGCGCAACCAGCGCCUCGCUGUCGCUCUUAAUGUCGACCCGGACCACAAUGACGAUCACAUCCCUUACUCGGACACGACGCUCAAGCUCUUCCGUGAGCUCUCUCACACCUGGGCCCAGAACCAGGAGCGCGAGUUCCGCGUCUUCGCCUCGGAAGCUUCCGAGAAGCGUCUGCGCUUCAAGCCUAUGCCUUCGUUCCAGCGCGCCUUCUUGCACGCUCUUGCCGAGGAUUUCGGCUUUGACUCAGAGAGCCAGGACCCAGAGCCGCAUCGCCACGUCUCCAUCUUCAAGACGCCGCGCUUCGUCGCCGCACCGAAGAAGACGCUGGCGCAGUGCGUCAAGAUCCGCACCGACGCGGUCAAGACAGCAGCAGCCGCAGCCGCAGCAUCAUCAGCGGCGGCCACCGCAGCGUCGGCACCGGAGCCCUUCAACGCCCUACUCCUGUCGGCCCCACGCUUCGGCCUGACCAUUGACGAGGUCGAGUCCGCCCUCGCCAACCACCUCAAGGCCUACAACACUCUUUCCUUCACCACCGCCUUCCUCCCAUCGGAGGAGAUUCUCAUCCGCGCGGUUCCCGUUACCUCAUGGGGCACCACCCCCUCGGCUAUCGAGUCCUCCCUCGCGUCCCUGAAACCCCUCGUCGUGCAGACCGUUACCAAGGACGGCAUCGCCGCGGCCGCGACAAUGGUCCACGCCGACACGAGCCUCAACGUCCUCCGCCGCGAGGGGACGUCGGCCAACGGCAGCAGCGGCGGGUGGAACGCCGUCGUCGGCCGCGCCGCGGCACAGCGUAGGAUGGUUGCGCCCAAGCCCGCCGCCGACGCGCGUCCCGCCAGCGGUUUCGUCAGCUUCUCCAAGCUGGCGCGCAAGAAGGUCGUCGAGGACUCUGUUGCGGAUGACUGGGAGGCUGCCGCUGACAGCGAUGAGUGA